AUGAAUAUCUGGUGGCCGUCUUGGCUCUGGGCAAUUGAGAGGCCGGACCCCGCGGGCCCGCGGAUCCCGUCACGAACCACCAACAAUGUCUCUGUCCGUCCGGAACCUACCAGGACAUCCACUUCCAAGGUUGCGUGCAUGAGCGAUACACAGAGUAAUGAGCGACUAGGAAUAGCCAAUUCGAUGGAGACGAGGGACGAAAUGGACGUCGUUCCCGACGGUCCGGAAGGUUUCGGUAGCUAUAGAGGCCAACUGCAACGUGCGUGUGAUCAUUGUCGGUCGAGAAAGAUACGGUGUGAUCGACGCACGCCUUGCUCUAACUGCAGAGCGAGCAAACUGAGGUGCCAGACCACUGUAUCCACGCAGAAGGUCCAAAAACAGAGACUGCACAUCUCAGAGGAAUAUGAAGGAAAGAUUGACCGCAUCGAGAAUCGUCUUACCAACAUCGAGCAUCUCCUUGAAAGUCUCGUAGCGAGAUUGGACGGUAUCAACUCGCCCACAAACAUAACCGAGCAAAGCAGGCAAACAAGCUGCAGUAGGAAUGGACCGAGUCCCAGGUCCACUGGUGAUGUGCCUGCAGAGCCGCCCGCGCCAUUUGAAGGCGAGACAGCAUUGAAUCCUCAGUCUGAAUAUGCCCGAGAGCUUCUCGAGAAGGCAGUGGACAGCACCCCUUCAAUCGGGCAGAACCCUGAUAUACGCGAAGCUUUGGCUUCGUUGCAGCGUAUAGUUGGCAGGGAUAAACAACCCAACCUUCCAUCGGGCCUUGCCGAAGAGCACUCUAACCAGAGCGUCCCAAACGUGGACCAUGCAAAUCUCGAUACGCCUCCAUGGGGCUCUGUGAACGACAUCAUUGACAAGGCAACCGCAUACCCCACGAUGUCAUUCACGAUCGUGUUCCCCUUCCUAAAACUGCACGAUGCAAAGACUAUGUUCCAGGAGACGUUGAAUGCCCCGGAAGACUUUCCAGCCGGACGGCGGCUCCUCAUCUUCGGAUUACUGUACCACAUGUAUUCUGAAUUCGCGACCUAUCCACUUCCAGGGCAGAAUGCCAGGGAACUUAGUCGGUACGGCCAGCUAUGCCGGAAGCAGAUGGAUACUGCCAUGUCCCAGCUGGACCUCUGGCUUCCCGCAACGUUUGAGAACAUCCUAGCGCUCAUGCUCGCCGCGUCUUACGCCGUCGAACUGUGCAAGCCGUCUCUCUGCUGGCUUCUGACCUCAACUGCAGCCACGCUAAGCCAGCGUCUUGGCUACCAUCGCCUCGCGAGCAUGAAAGAUGACACUCCAGAGGAGCGGUCAGCAAAGAUACACGUUUUUUGGUUCAUCUAUACAUUAGACAAAACACUUUCCCUUCGCUUGGGACGCGCCUCGGCCAUUCAGGACUGGGAUAUCUCUCUACCAUAUCCGGGAGUUGGCGAUAUCCCUUAUCCCGUUGCGGGUGCCGAAAGGAUGACACGCAUGCAAGUAUACUGGAUUCGGCUCGCACAGCUGCAGGCCCGCACGUACGAGCAGCUGUUCAGUCCGGCUGCUUUCCAGAAGACGGCCGAAGCGCGCUUACUGGCCGCGAAAGAACUUGUAGACAACUUGAACCAAGCAUUUUCGGAGCGUGGGAGCCUGGGGUUGACUGACUUCCGUUUUUCAGGAGCUUCCCGUCGCGGAAACCGAUCAGAGGUGCUUACAGUACCUGCCCUGCUUACUGGACCUGUAGCUUCUCCCGAGAUCUCAAAGAACCAGAAAGUAGACACGCGAACCCUCCAAGUCAUGGGAGAUCUCGACGAUACUUUCUAUUAUGCUGAUUGCGUGCUUCACUACUCCACCAUCGCGCUAAUCGAGCGAGCGGUGUGCCCAAACAGUGGCACAUUCAGCCCACAAUGUCUGGAAGCAGCUCGAGCGGCCUUAAGGGCGCAUCAAAAAUGCAAUAAACAAUUCAACGUGAGGGGAUGCGAGGAGAUAUGGUCAUGCUACGUCCACUGGUCAAUUCUCCAAGCCCCUUUCACGCCAUUCAUUGUGCUUUUCUGCAAUGCCAUAUCGACAUGCUCGCACGCAGAUCUGAAGACGCUCUCCGACUUCGUUGAUACCCUUGAGUCCUGCCGCUUCGUUUCCGAAGGCGCCCAACGACUAUGGAAGAUGUGCCAAAAUUUUCUAUUAGUCGCAAGAUUGUAUCUCGAAGCCAAAUCCAAGGAACACCCAGUCAGCAUCGGCGUACCUGUCACUGCAUCGCUGGGGGCUCCGGCCGUGCACACAUUCACAACCGGGGAACAGAUCGAUUACCGCAGCCUCACCCAAAUCGAUCCAUACCUGAGUGCUCUUGGCCUGGAACCCACUGUGGAUUGGCCCCUUCUGGACCCUUCGGCGGGAAAUACCGGCUUUGGACACGCCCCUUCAGCUGUCGAUGCAAACGGCUUUUCCAUUGGAAAUCACCAAUCAUUGGAAGAUUGGUUUUCUGGGAGUCGUUAUAUCAUGGGCCUCAUGGAAACAGACAACAGCAUGAUAGACCUACCGGCUUUCAAUCUUUAG